CUUUUAAAACGAGUUUGUUAGCCCAAUCAGUCACACACUCUUAGUGUGUUACUAAAUUUGAAUUCUAGCUAGGAUUACGUUAACUGUGCACGAAUACACAGCGCUCGAGUUUUGUCCAGUAAAGGGCCACAGAAAGCCACUAACGUUUUCGUAAUACUUAAAUUCGGGCUUCCUAUAGUCUAAUUCAACAGAUUAUAAACGGAUAUAUAAUUCAUGUUACAGGACAAUCAAGCCAUUUAGCCGCAAGUCGCCGUCGAGUGCAGAACACAAACUUUUAAAACACUACAAAACUUCAUUUUUCUUAGUUCAACCUUAGUUCAAAGCAUUUAAGUUUAGCCCAGAAAAAAACUUUAAUCACUUGCUACCCUUGUCUCAAAGAAUAUGGAGGAAAAUUCAGCAACAAAUGGUAAAUCUAUUUGUGAUAUCUGUAAAAAAACCUUCAGUGGAAAGAAUAACCUUGAUAAGCAUAUGAAAACAGUGCAUAGUGGUAAAACGUAUAACUGUGAAAGAUGUGGAGAGACAUUCAACCGAUCAGAUAACUUAAAGCGUCAUCAAAAGAAACAUUCACAAGAAAAACAGCAUGAAUGUCAGCACUGUACUAGAAAAUUCUACAGAAAAGACAAAUUAGAGGAGCAUGAAAAUAUUUGUAGAAAGAAGUGCUCAGAGAAUGAUGCAAAGAGAGGUAGUAAAGAAAAGGAUGAGGAUGAACCACCUAAAAAACGUGAGAGGUUGGAGGAUCAAGAAGCACUCCAGGAUGAACCAUGUGAUGAUUCAACAUCAGCUAUAGAAGGAUCACUCAAAGUAUUUCAUUAUAAGCCUCGUGUCAAGGAGCAGUAUGACAUGCAACUUACUUUAAAGGGAAAAAAGGCCCCGAUCAACAAACAACUGAACAAACAGCUCACCAUGAAAAAAGGCAUCAAGUGGUAUAUCAGCGUGCAAGCUAAACUCGUKAAAACCAACAGCGAAGGCGAAGUAGUGACCUCUGAGCCGCACUUUAGAAGCUGCUGUAAUACUACGGUAAAUUCUAAUGAAAUUGUAAAGCAGUUAAAUGAAGCUAACGAAAAAAUCACAAAAGCAUUGGCGACCUAUCAAAGAGAAGGAAGUGGUUGGCUACUAUCAAAAAUCCUACAUGUCCACCUACACAUAGCGCAAUACACACCAAUCAAAGGAUUCAGCUACCUCCCUCUACCUAAGAAGCUCAAAGAUAAGAAAGCCAUUUUAAACAUUCAAAAUAACGACAACCAGUGCUUCAAAUGGUGCAUUUUGGCUGCUCUACACCCUGUUAACCGACAAGAUCACCCUCACCGAGUUCAACACUAUCUGCCCUAUGAAAAUGAAGUGAGCUGUGUAGGAAUAGAAUUCCCUGUUACUGUUGCUAAAAUCCCUAAAUUUGAAAAACAGAAUGGCAUUGCUGUUAACGUCUUCGGGUUUGAAGAUGGAACGCUUUUCCCUGUGUAUAUUACUGAGCACAGAUUCGAAACCCAUGUAAACCUACUUCUCUAUUCUCAAGGUCUGCAAAGUCACUAUUGUCUAAUUCGAAAUCUAGACCGAUUGCUUUCUGAUCAGAGCAGG